GGUUACCGGGAGUCUUCUGGAAACCGGGGUGUUACUAUAUAAGCAACGGGCCUGACUCAAUCCAGGCAUUACUUCAGAAGAAACACCUGACGGCAGAAGCUUGACGAGAACGAGGCUCUAACCUUUUCCUCAACAAGGAGAUCACCACUGACUGUUCAUCUCAACCAGCAAGAUGUCAUCAGCUAAAGGAAUAUCCAUUGGCAUUGAUCUGGGCACCACCUACUCUUGUGUCGGGGUCUUCCAGCAUGGAAAAGUGGAAAUUAUCGCCAAUGAUCAAGGCAACAGGACAACUCCCAGCUACGUGGCCUUUACCGACACAGAGAGGCUCAUCGGAGAUGCUGCCAAGAACCAAGUUGCCAUGAACCCCACCAACACAAUCUUUGAUGCCAAACGGCUCAUUGGAAGAAGGUUUGAUGACCUGGUGGUCCAGUCUGACAUGAAACUCUGGCCCUUCAAGGUGAUCAACGACAACGGAAAGCCCAAAGUCCAGGUGGAAUAUAAAGGAGAAAGUAAGACAUUCUGUCCUGAGGAGAUUUCCUCAAUGGUCCUGGUUAAAAUGAGAGAAAUAGCUGAGGCCUUUCUGGGACAGAGGGUGUCGAAUGCGGUCAUCACAGUGCCAGCUUACUUUAAUGAUUCCCAAAGGCAAGCCACAAAGGAUGCUGGAGUGAUCUCCGGACUAAAUGUUCUCCGCAUCAUAAAUGAGCCGACAGCUGCAGCCAUCGCCUACGGCCUUGAUAAAGGCAAAAGAGGAGAGCGCAAUGUCCUCAUCUUUGAUCUUGGUGGAGGCACUUUUGACGUGUCCAUCCUGACCAUUGAGGAUGGCAUAUUUGAGGUGAAAGCCACAGCCGGGGACACACACCUUGGCGGAGAGGAUUUUGACAACCGAAUGGUCAGCCACUUUGUGGAGGAGUUUAAAAGAAAGCACAAGAAGGACAUCAGCCAGAACAAGAGAGCUGUGAGGAGACUGCGCACAGCUUGUGAGAGAGCAAAGAGGACCUUGUCCUCCAGCACGCAGGCAAGCAUUGAGAUUGACUCACUCUUUGAGGGCAUUGACUUUUACACCUCAAUCACAAGGGCACGCUUCGAGGAGCUCAACUCAGACCUCUUUAGGGGAACACUGGAGCCAGUUGAGAAGGCCCUAACAGAUGCUAAGCUGGAUAAAUCCAAGAUCCACGAAGUUGUCCUGGUUGGUGGCUCUACGAGAAUCCCCAAAAUCCAAAAGCUCCUGCAGGACUUCUUCAAUGGUAGAGAACUAAACAAGAGCAUCAACCCUGAUGAAGCGGUGGCCUAUGGUGCAGCAGUCCAGGCUGCUAUCCUCAUGGGUGACACCUCAGAAAAUGUCCAAGACUUACUGCUCCUGGAUGUGGCACCCUUGUCGCUGGGCAUUGAGACAGCCGGUGGCGUCAUGACACCUCUUAUCAAGCGAAACACCACCAUCCCCACGAAGCAGACUCAGAUCUUCUCCACAUACUCAGAUAACCAGCCAGGAGUCCUGAUUCAGGUCUUUGAGGGUGAGAGAGCCAUGACAAAGGACAACAAUCUCCUGGGGAAGUUUGAGCUCUCGGGUCUUCCUCCUGCUCCCAGAGGCGUGCCACAGAUCGAAGUUACCUUCGACAUCGACGCCAACGGCAUCCUAAACGUGUCUGCCGUCGACAAAAGCACGGGCAAGGAAAACAAAAUCACAAUCACCAACGACAAGGGCCGACUCAGCAAAGAUGAGAUCGAGAAGAUGGUGCAGGACGCGGACAAGUACAAGGCAGAGGAUGACCAGCAGAGAGAAAAGAUCGCGGCAAAGAAUUCCCUGGAGUCCUACGCUUACCACAUGAAGAGCAGCGUCGAAGACGACGCCCUGAAAGGGAAAAUCAGUGAGGAGGAGAAAAAGCUGGUCAUUGACAAAUGCAACCAGACAAUUUCCUGGCUGGAGAACAACCAGCUGGCAGAGAAGGAGGAGUAUGAACAUCAGCAGAAUGAGCUGGAGAAGGUGUGCAAACCAGUCGUGGCAAAGUUGUAUCAAGGUGCAGCGGCAGGAGGCUCCAGUCAGGCUGGAGGAGCCUCUCAGGGUCCCACUAUCGAGGAGGUCGACUAAAACUACGAACUGCAGCCUUUCACUGCUGGAUAAAGAUUUCUGACUUAUGUUUGGUUUCUGAAAAAGGGAGAAAGCGUUUCAUUGUUUCUUCGCAUAUUUAUAAUAAACAUGUUCAAAAAAAUGA